CGACACAUCCGGAACGUGUAUGUACUAUUCUAUUUCCGGUAUCUGUGGUUUCUGGUGUUGCAGCGUUUGAUUGCUGAGAAAGAUGGCUCGAAAUGCAGAAAAGGCCAUGACGGCCUUGGCGAGAUUUCGGCAGGCUCAGCUGGAGGAAGGGAAAGUCAAGGAAAGAAGGCCAUUCCUUGCGUCAGAGUGCAGUGAGCUGCCUAAAGCUGAAAAAUGGAGAAGACAAAUUAUUGGUGAAAUUUCAAAGAAAGUCGCACAGAUCCAAAACGCUGGUCUUGGUGAAUUCAGAAUACGAGACUUAAAUGAUGAAAUCAACAAGCUAAUCAGAGAAAAGGGUCACUGGGAGGUCCGCAUCAAAGAACUGGGUGGCCCAGACUAUGGGCGUAUUGGACCCAAGAUGCUUGAUCAUGAAGGAAAGGAAGUGCCUGGGAAUCGGGGCUAUAAAUAUUUUGGUGCAGCUAAAGAUUUGCCUGGUGUCCGAGAGCUGUUUGAAAAAGAACCGGUUCCUCCUCCACGGAAAACACGCACUGAACUGAUGAAGAAUAUUGAUGCCGAAUAUUAUGGCUACAGGGAUGAGGAUGACGGUGUAUUGGUGCCUUUGGAACUGGAUGAAGAGAAAAAAGCUAUUGCCGCAGCUGUUCAAAAAUGGAAAAUGGAGAAAGAAGCCUACCUGGCAACAGGAGACAAGAAUGAGGACGACGAGGAAGUCAACAUCUAUGCAGUGACUGAUGAGACGGGUGAAGACAGUGACAAUGACAUGGAAGGAGAAGAGGGGCAGCAAUUUAUCGCUCAUGUACCAGUACCAUCCCAAAAAGAGAUAGAGGAAGCGCUUAUACGAAGGAAGAAGAUGGAGCUUUUGGAGAAGUACGCUAGCGAAGCAUUGAUGGCACAAAGUGAAGAUGCUAAAAGACUUUUAGGAAUAUGAUGUACCCAAUUCAAAACAAAAACAGACUUUGUAAAUUUCAUCAUACUUUGUUACUUUUGUACAGAAGAUAUUUCUGGA